UUGGGCUGGUUUGAGCCAUGGGGCGCAGCCCAGUCCUCUAGAGACCAGCCCUGUGGCUUUUUCCUGUGGUGAAGAAAAUAGAUUUUUGGCGUUGCGACCAUUUUAGAGCUCCAUAUGCACAUUGCACGAUUCGUAUCCAUCCACCAUUAAUUGUUUGGCGUUCAUAAAAGCUGGGCGCGGUCCUGCUGUGCAGGAGCUGAAAACCCCAUGAUAUAUCUACACAUUCUUCCACGGCAGAGGAAUUGUUGACUGAUAAACAACAACAUGUCUUCCAACGGCUUCCAGUACGUUGUCAAACCGCUACAAUACAACAGCGAAUGCAUCAACUUCCCAGAGUGGAUCUCGAUCCUGACUCUCUGUCUGGCGCCGCUGCUCGUCCACAUUGUAUCUGGAGCCCCCCCGUUCUCCUUUCUCGCUCAUACAAGACCGGGCAUGUUUGAUAUGCUCACUCACUACAACCCAACGUCCAUCAUCUGGCGGUACGCAGCGAUAACCGACCGACGGCUCCGGGCGAAGCAGUGGACGCAUACCGACCUCGCCGCCGCCAAUGCCAUCUUCUGGACGAACAAGGGCUGGGAUGGCAGCGAGGAGAUGGCGAGAAUUUCCGCCCCGCACUGUAUACGGUAUCCGGAGCAUACAUACGUCCGCAUCUUCUCGAUCGCGACCUUCAAGACCCUCAUCACGACGCUGCAGGGCGUGGCGGCCGUGUACACGCUCGUGGGAUCGUUGACCGGGUUGGCGGACGUGGAUUUCAUCCAGCAGCUGGGAGUGGACAUGAUCUUCUACCCGCUGGCGGUCAUUGGACUCUUGCGUCUCUGUGCCGGAGUAUGGCUCACCGAGGAGUUCGAGUAUGCCUUGAAGGAUGACCACGACGCGACGAACGUGAUGAAUCUGAAUGUGGUGAACGACCCGACCGACAAGAGCGCCCACGGGGUAACAGCUCACCAAUCGACCACCUUCGAAGCCUUCGACCCCUUCAUCGCGAGACCAACCCAGGGGUCCCAAUACCGUAGGCCGGGACGAUCCAUCCCCAGCAUACUGUUCCGCACCGUGUUCUUCCUCAUCAUGGUGGCCUGCCUGGGCCUAUGCAGCAUGUUCGUUGCGCCCUUCGGGAUCGCCAACGGCAAGGCCGAAUUCACCUUGACGUCCUUCUCCGUCGGCGUCUUCUACCUCUUCCUGCUGCUCUCCUCGGUCAUCAUCUACGCAGUGUCCUUAUAUCGUGGACAGAUGACCACCACGCUGCUCCCUUGCAUCUCGAAGGCCUGGUACAAGAUCUACACGCUGGUCGUCUUCGCCGCCAUGACGGCGCUCAUCGUCCUGGCGUCCGUCGAGACGAACCGGCUGCCCAACGGCCUCUACGCCAGCUUCCGGCUCAACGUGCAGCUCACAUGCGAGCAGUCCAAGUUCUGGUACAUCUUCGAGCCCGGGAUGGUGCAGCUCGCGAUGCCAGUCGCGGACGACGCGAAGAGGAAGUGGGUGCAGGAGGAGUUCAAGGGCCUGACCGUGGGGGAGACGACAGGGGCGAUGGGCGGUAUCAAUGAUACGUUGGUGGUGGACGGGGGAAGGUACUAUUUGAACGACUUCGCGGGAUAUUGCGUUGGUAAUAAUAAGGAGUCGAAGAGGAGGAAUGUGACGGCAUAGUUGUGGGAGAGCGAUUGAUUGACCAGGAUCGUGCGCUCUCUCUCCUUUGUCCUCUCUUCGCCAUUACUAUCUCUUUUCAAAACUGUUCAUUGGCAUUACAUGUUGGGCGUUUCUUCGCAUUAACAGUUUUUUUCUUCAAAGGGAAGAAGAUGCACCAGCUGUGCUUGCCGGU